ACCAUACCGUUGUUGUAUUUGUUUACUACAAGGAAUAUAAAAGGAUUUUUAUCCUUAAAAUAUAAUCAUAGUGUAUCGUCUUUGGAACGUGAACGUACUCAAAAAUGAAAUCCGUUGUAUUAGCACUAUGCGCUAUUGGUUGUGCGUACGGCCUAGUGCCGGACGACAAGGCGGCUGUCGUCCGCAGCGACUAUCAGCAUAACCCAGAGGGCGGCUACCAGUACGUCUAUGAAACUGAGAACGGCAUCUCAGCGCAUGCUGAAGGAGUAAUCAGGACUUUAAACAAGGACGAGGUCUCUCACACAGUUCAAGGCUCAGUCUCUUACAUUGCACCUGAUGGUCAAAAGAUCGAGACUUCUUACGUAGCAGAUGAAUUCGGUUACAAGCCAACGGGUGAUCAUCUUCCCACCACGCCGCCGCCUAUGCCGAUCCCAGACUACAUCCUUCGUGCCCUGGAAUGGAUCGCCACCCACCCCUACAAAGAACCAACUUCAAAGAACUAAGGAUCUUUCACCCAACGAAUUCUGGUCAAUUUUUAUAUAUAUGACGAAUCUGCCUAAACUAUUGACAAUGCAAAUAAGUAUUAAAUACUUCGAUAACAACGUGAUAAAAUAAUUAUUUAUCUGUGCAUUUUUUGUGCAAUAAAUUGUGCAAUUUG